UUUUACACGGAUUGUGAGGUUAUGAAAGCGCGAUGACGUGAUGACGUCGGUGACGUGGCCUGAGUGACGGCGGCACGCGGGAAAGUUAAGACUUGGACUGAGGAGCUGCAGCUGAGUUUAGCGGUGAGUAUGGCUAUGAGGAAUGCAUCCCGGGUGGAGGUGGAGGCAGAAGUUGAAGAGGAAGAACAUUUUGGGCCACAACCGGUUUCACGUCUGGAGCAAUGUGGCAUCAGCAGCAGCGACAUUAAAAAGCUGGAAGAAGGUGGUUUUCACACCGUGGAGGCCGUAGCGUAUGCGCCCAAGAAAGAGCUGCUGAACAUCAAAGGAAUCAGCGAAGCCAAAGCUGAUAAGAUCCUGACGGAGGCGGCGAAGAUGGUUCCCAUGGGCUUCACCACAGCGACCGAGUUCCAUCAGCGCAGAGCUGAAAUCAUCCAGAUCUCCACGGGAUCCAAAGAGCUUGAUAAACUCCUUCAGGGAGGAAUCGAGACGGGAUCCAUAACCGAGAUGUUCGGCGAGUUUCGCACAGGAAAGACGCAGCUGUGUCACACACUGGCCGUUACCUGCCAGCUGCCCAUAGAUCAGGGCGGUGGAGAAGGCAAAGCCAUGUACAUCGACACCGAAGGAACCUUCCGUCCAGAGAGACUGCUGGCUGUAGCUGAGAGGUACGGGCUGGUGGGCAGUGAUGUGCUGGAUAACGUGGCGUAUGCCAGAGCCUUCAACACGGACCAUCAAACACAGCUGCUGUAUCAGGCCUCCGCUAUGAUGACAGAGUCCAGAUACGCUCUGCUGAUAGUAGACAGCGCUACUGCACUGUACAGGACAGAUUACUCCGGCCGGGGAGAGCUGUCCGCCCGGCAGGGCCAUCUGGGGCGGUUUCUACGCAUGCUGCUCCGUCUCGCUGACGAGUUUGGUGUGGCCGUUGUCAUCACUAACCAGGUGGUGGCACAGGUGGACGGAGCGGCCAUGUUUUCAGCAGAUCCCAAGAAGCCGAUUGGAGGAAAUAUUCUAGCACACGCCUCGACUACUCGAUUAUACCUGCGAAAGGGUCGAGGAGAGACACGGAUAUGCAAGAUCUAUGACUCUCCAUGUUUGCCCGAGGCAGAGGCAAUGUUUGCCAUUAAUGCUGAUGGAGUGGGUGACGCUAAAGACUGAAAUGAUACCGAACAGACCACCUGAGUAUGAGAUCUGAGACCAUCUGCCAGAGAAAAGACUCCUGUGAAAUGUGGAUGUGUAAUGUCUCGAAUUAAUCGAAACGAUUUUGGAAAGCGAGUGAAUCCUUCUGAGUGAAAUUCAUGGUUUAUUUACAUGUAUGAAGAUUGAUGGAUCUGAAUGAUCUGAGCUGGUGUAAUUAUUUGCUCUUUACUGUAAUGUCAGCCUCCUCUAUACUAUUUGUUAUAUAUUUAUCUUUUGAAAUAUCUGUCGGUUUUGUUUGGAAUUAACCUUUUUCUUGUACAGAAACUAGUCAGAAUUAAAGUGUUUUAUCUGUUAAACUAAUUAAA